UCGAGAUUCUGAGGCCGCCAGCCCCCAGGCUGCUGGGCUGGUGCAGCUGCUCAGGCAGCCUCUCCCUCCUGCUGCCUGACACCCAAUCAGAGAGAAACCGAUCUGGGCCAGGCAGGGCGCCAGGGGCCAGGCCCAGAAUAGUGCUGCCCAGCCACAGUGUUGCACACUUGCUCUCCAUUGGGCUGGGGCUGGCCACAUGGAGCCGAACCUAGAGCAUACACUGGACAGGACAUUCUUAUCCCCACAGACCCCCUCCUGGAGCAGCCUCGGGGGGCCUGAGCAUCAAGAGAUGAGCUUCUUAGAGCAAGAGGACAGCACCUCAUGGCCACCACCAGCUGUGAUCACUAGCUCAGAAAGAAUCCAUGGGAAACGGAGGGUCAAGGCCUCCAGAUGGAUGAGGCAGGAGGCCGUGGAGGAAGGGGAGCCGCUGGGUCUAGAAGCAGGUCCUCAGGCCAGCCCAGCUGCUGAAUCCUCUGGGCUGGAAGCCACAUUCCCCAAGGCCACACCCUUGGCCCAAGUUGCUGUCUUGGCUGGAGUGGGCAUUUCACCAACAGGGGACUUCCUCCCUCCAGACUGUUCAGCCUCAGUGGUGGGUUCCAGCACAGAUGAUGCGGAGCUGGCCACAGAGUUCUCAGCCACAGAGACCUGGGGGUGUGAGUUAGAAGGCCUGGUGGAAGAGAAGCCUGCUCCAUGCCCAUCGCCACAGGCCCCAUUACCCAAGCUGGGCUGGGAUGACGAGCUGCAGAAGCCCGGGGCCCAAGUCUACAUGCGCUUCAUGCAGGAGCACAACUGCUACGAUGCCAUGGCAACCAGCUCCAAGCUGGUCAUCUUUGACACCACGCUAGAGAUCAAGAAGGCCUUCUUUGCCAUGGUGGCCAAUGGUGUGCGGGCAGCACCUCUGUGGAACAGCGAGAAGCAGAGCUUUGUGGGGAUGCUGACCAUCACAGACUUCAUCUUGGUGCUGCAUCGCUACUAUAGGUCCCCGCUGGUCCAGAUCUAUGAAAUUGAAGAACAUAAGAUCGAGACCUGGCGGGAAAUUUACCUGCAAGGCUGCUUCAAGCCUCUGGUCUCCAUAUCUCCCAGUGACAGCCUGUUUGAAGCUGUCUAUACUCUCAUCAAGAACCGGAUCCAUCGCCUGCCUGUCCUGGACCCAGUCUCAGGCGAUGUACUUCACAUCCUCACACACAAGCGGCUGCUCAAGUUCCUGCACAUUUUUGGUUCCCUGCUGCCCCGGCCCUCUUUCCUCUACCGCACUAUCCAAGAUUUGGGCAUUGGCACAUUCCGAGACUUGGCAGUGGUACUGGAGACAGCUCCCAUCCUGACAGCACUGGACAUCUUUGUGGACCGGCGUGUGUCUGCGCUGCCUGUGGUCAAUGAAUGUGGUCAGGUCGUGGGCCUCUACUCCCGCUUUGAUGUGAUUCACCUGGCUGCACAGAAAACCUAUAACCACCUAGACAUGAGUGUGGGAGAAGCCCUGAGACAGAGGACAGUGUGUCUGGAGGGAGUCCUUUCCUGCCAGCCCCAUGACAGCUUGGGGGAAGUGAUCGACAGGAUUGUGCGGGAGCAGGUACACCGGCUGGUGCUAGUGGACGAGACUCAGCAUCUCCUGGGCGUGGUCUCCCUCUCCGACAUCCUUCAGGCGAUUGUGCUCAGCCCUGCUGGAAUCGAUGCCCUCAGUGCCUGAGAAUGUUCUGGUCCUCGCUCCCAGGCCACCUCCACACUCGGAAGCCAAUGAAGCCAGUGAAGGGAACUGGGGGCUGGCCUUCAUCUUUCCCUUACCCCUCUGCCGGUUCAGGUCUGGUUCAGACUUCUCCAGCCCUCCCUAACUGCCCCUGCCAUGCCCAUGCUCCCAGAAGCCCUUGGGUUUGCCAGUGCACUGCGUGAUGACAACAUUAAGGAGAACAGCCUGAAAGUCUCUACACUGGAGGCACUGGGAUUACCCGUGUGCCUGUGCCCACACACACCCCUUUACCCCACCUGAGUCAAGACUGAUCCCAGUGGGGAAGGGAGCUCACAGCCCUCAGGCUAGUCAGGUUCCAAGUUCCUGGCUUCUGGAUUCCCAGCUUCUGGACUGCAUAGCGCUUGAGCCACUACCUUCCUGGGAGUUCCAGCUGUUCUUGAGUUAUGGGAAACCUUAGUGGUCCCCACAGCUUUGCCACUGUCCUCCUGCUGUCCUGGCAUUAUCCUUUCAGCACUGCUGGGGUCACCAUGGAGCAGAAGUUAUUUGCAGAACUACCUGUUAGAGUGGGGUCCUCUUUCUUUUCUUACACAGAGAACUCAUUAGCAUUCAUCAGUGCAUCAUGUCCUCAGUCCCCAGUGAUGGACAGCCUUCUAUGAAACCAAAAGAACAAUCUAUGAACUUGGAUUUUAUAGAUUUCACUAAAAAAAAAAAAAAAGCUACGGUCAUUUAACCUGAACUUGAGCCAAGAUCCCUGUGCUUUCUGAAUUCAAAGGCAUGAAGGAAAUUUGGCAAAAGCUGCAAAUGGCAUGUGUUUUGUGCAUAGAGUAUUACUCUACUAAAAUUUCUUUUUUUAUCUUUUAUUUACAAUGAAACCAUAAAGAAAACAGUAAUUAAUUAAUACUUAUGUAGUAGGUACAACUCAGUCUACAAACUCCAAUCUGGAAGAAACAUAACUUUAUUUCUUCUGACACUGAAUGGAAUUUCUAUUAGGAACCCCAUUUUACCAGGUGAUAGAAUUGAAUAUUGGUCACUUUGGGGUCUCCCCCUGACAUUUUUUUUUUUUUUUUGAGACAGUCUUAAGCUGUCACCCUGGGUAGAGUGCCAUGCGUCAUAGCUCACAGCAACCUCCAACUCUUAGGCUCAAGCUAUCCUCUUGCCUCAGUUUUUUUUUCUAUUUUUAGUAGAGACAGGGUCUCACUUUUUGCUCAGGCUGGUUUCAAACCUGUGAACUCAAGCUAUCUACCUGACUUGGCUUCACAGACUGCCAGGAUUACAGGUGUGAGCCACCGCACCCAGCCAUUCCCCCUGACCUUUCACUUGGGGUAAGCUUAGUGGGGGGUGGGGGAGACUUUAAGUAGUAUAAGACUUUGUUCCCCAGCCAUCAUUAUCCAUUUAAGCCAGCACCUGCUAAAACAUCCAAGUCCCCAUCUGGUCAUCAGCUGGUUGUUCUCCUUCAUUCCCACAAAGCCUCUUCAGGCCUGCCCAUGCUUGGGACAUGCAGAACAUUUUAGCUCCUAGCCCUGCACCUUUCUGGCCUUCAGGAGGCUACAUAGGGUUCCAGUGGCCUGUUCUACCCUGCAGCUUGCUGUUUUCCUCAGCUCUAUCCAGGAAACAUGGGGGCCAGGGUGCUUCUAUAACCGCCAAACCUUUUUGGGGUUUUGUCAUACUCCCCUCUCUCUUCAGACUCAGUCCCCCUCUCUAGUUCAUUUUCUCAAGGGCCCCAGAAAUGCCUAUAGUCUCUGUCCCCAAGCCCUCACCAGCUUAUGGAAUGUUUGCCAGGAGGAAAAGAGGGGGCCUUUAGUCUCUAACCCAGCAGUUCUCAACCAGUGGGUCAUGACCCCUUUGGGGGUUGAAUGACCCUUUCACAGGGUCGCCUAAAUACAUCCUGCAUAUCAGCUAUUUAUAUUACCAUUCAUAACAGUAGCAAAAUUACAGUUAUGAAGUAGCAACAAAAAUAAUUUUAUAGUUGGGGGUCACCACAACACGAGGAACUGUAUUAAAGGGUUGUGGCAUUAGGAAGGUUGAGAACCACUGCCCCAUUAUAUACUCUUCCAAACCCACUGUAUAUGUCCUGAGUUCUUGCCACCCACCCUGAGGAUGAGGCUUUUGAAAUCCUAAAACCAACAUUCGCUUCUGCUGGCACAUUCUUUUCUGUGGCAACGAGCAUGGCGUGUCUAUCUGAAUGUGAGGGAAGAGGGAGGUCUCUAAAAUGUGACCCCAUACCUUUACUCCAUAGAGACUUUUGUACUUGAUGGGUCAGGCAGUAAAUGAAGGUAUUUUCUCACUAGACAUUUUACCAAAACCUGAGGGUCAGUGUUGUUUCAGCUCUGGCCCUACCCAGGAAGGUCCAUGUCUUGAGCCCAAGACAGAAGAUGGGAGAGGGGUGAUCACGGGUUCUAGGGAGAAUCUCUUUAGUGACAGUGCCCUUGGGGAGUCUAGGGCAGGUGACUCUGGCCACAGCCAGUUCUGGGCAAGUGUAACAGGUCAGUCCUUUAAGGCUGUGCCUCUGGGUGGCUCUGCAUGAGAAAGACUUAUAGCCAUAGCAGCAAAGGCUCAGGGCCAGCAGCCUGAGAAAGGCACUCUUGUUCCCCUUGGGUCUUCCUGAGAGCAGGUAUGUCCCUACCCGUCUGGGCAUCAUCCUGAGGACCUGGCAGCUCUCCCCCUUGGGUUCUUCUGUGAGAGACCAUCCCACCCUCACUGCCUCAGAUCCUCCUCUGGUCACAGCUUGGCCCUCAGCCCCUGGCCUAGCCCUUUCACCAUCAUGGUAGCUGGACAAGGGGCACAGAACUGCCACAGGGGCAGCGACUGCCUCCACUCUAGCUCAGAAUACUAGAAGGGUCCUGUGUACGCCCGUCUUGCUGUCCCCUUUUUCUGACUUUGCCCCUCCUCAAACUUCCGUGGCAUCCUUUGCCUUCUUGUCUCUCUUCUCACAGCCCUCUCUGUAGUUCUCAGCCCUGGAUGUGCGUCAGGCUCACCAGGGAAGCUUUGUAAAGUGCAGAGUCCAGGGUCCCAUUCCUAGAGAUGCUAAUUUCCAGAUUUGGGUCGGGACCUGGGCAACUGUAUUGAUUUUCUAUAAAAGCUAGAGACAUUAGGUGGCACCUGUGGAUCAAAGGAGUAGGGCGCCAGCCCCAUAUGCCAGCGGUGGUAGGUUCAAACCCAGCCCCGGCCAAAAGCUGCAAAAAAAAAAAAAAAAAAAAAAGCUAGAGACAUGACUGAUAACACAUGAUAAGCAUGUAACUGUGCUGAGAAAUGCAGAUCCUCAUUCUCCCAGUAAAGUCAUUCAUCACAUUAGUGGGUUUGUCUAUUAUUUAAUCAUGACUAAGGUCUGCAACAAGUUCUGCCUAAGAGUAGCAGAACAGUAUCGAAGAUACCAGAAUCCGUGACCAUUCACACUCCCCUCCCAAAUAUCCUUAAAUCCAGAAAUAUUCAGUAUAAUGUCAUGUAUGUCUCUUCCAUGAUAGCAAUUGUUAAAGUUUUCAUUUGGCACACAUAUUAAAACUAGAGUCAUAAAUAAUGACCUGGAAAUAGAUUACUAUUACCAGGACAAAAUGCAUUCAGAGCUGAAACUUCCAUAGACCAUGAGUGUGUAGACAGCCAGGUGGUGGGCACCUGUAGUCCCAGCUACUCAGGAGGCUGAGGCAAGAGGAUCGCUCGAGCCCAAGAGUUUGAGGUUGUUGUGACCUGUGAUGCCAGGGCACUCUACAAAGGAUAUCAAAGUGAGACUCUGUCUCAAAAAAAAUAAAAAAAAAGAAAGAAAGAAAAAUAAAAAGGGGAGUAUCUGCUGUGCUAAAUCAAUGAUUCUAAAUCUAUUUUUCUUCUUCUUUCCCUGUAGAGGAGAUAAGGGGCUAUCAGGGGUCUCACAGUGACAUCCCUUUGCUGUGACUCUCAGGAGCCCUGAGACUCUCAGACCCUGGGAGUGUGCCCCAUCACUGGGCACUGAUAGACUUUGCGCCAACCCUCAAUCAGGACUGAUGUUCUUCAGCCUCCAGAGAGAAAACUGGAAGGAAAGGACCCCACACUAUGACACAUCCUUCCUAGUGUUAUUAUGUGUUUAAAUGAAUGAAUCACUGUCAAAAAAAGUAACCUUUUCCUUUUCUUCCUUUUUUUUUUUUUCUUUUAAGGUAGUCUCACUCUGUCACCCUGGUAGAGUGCUCACAGCAACCUCAAACUCUUGGGCUCAAGUGAUCCUCUUGUCCCAGCCUCCUGAGUAGCUGAGACUACAGGUGCCUGUCACAAUGCCUGCUAGUUUUUUUCUAUUUUUAGUAGAGAUGGGGUCUCACUCUUGCUCAGGCUGGUCUCGAACU